GCCUCUCUAUGUCCUCAUAUUGAGAACAUCUGUGAUUCCCCAAGAGAAAGGUUUGGCAUUAUGGCUGCAAACAAACUGGGCAUUCUGUAUGAGUUGGAGUCUGAACAACUGAAGCAGUUCAGGACAUGCCUGUCUGAGAUGAAGGAGGAGGGGUUUACGCCCAUUCCCAAAGAGAAGCUGAAUGACAGUGAUGCUACAGAUGUUGUCGAUAAGAUGAGGGAGGCUUAUGGGGAGGAAGACAUGAAGGAAAUUACUUUGCUCAUCUUGAGGAAGAUGGACUUGAAGAUCAGACCUGCAGACGAACUAGAGAGUAAUCUCCCCCUGUCUGAGAUGAAGGAGGAGGAGGUUGAGCCCAUCCCCAAAGAGCAGCAGAAGGACACUGAUGGGGAGGAAGACAAUAAUCUCCCCCUGUCUGAGAUGAAGGAGGAGGAGGUUGAGCCCAUCCCCAAAGAGCAGCAGAAGGACACUGAUGGGGAGGAAGACAAUAAUCUCCCCCAGUCUGAGAUGAAGGAGGAGGAGGUUGAGCCCAUCCCCAAAGAGCAGCAGAAGGACACUGAUGGGGAGGAAGACAAUAAUCUCCCCCAGUCUGAGAUGAAGGAGGAGGAGGUUGAGCCCAUCCCCAAAGAGCAGCAGAAGGACACUGAUGGGGAGGAAGACAAGUGA